AAGGACCUGCAGGACCAAACUCUUGCUCUGGGCCUAGGCCGCGCCUCCUCUUACGGCCCGAAAGGGAGCCUGCCGCCCGCCCCGGCCCUCCUUUUUCUCCUCCUUCUUUUCCUCCUUCUUCUCCUCCUUCUCCGCCUUCCCUUCCGCCCCGGGCCGGGCGAGGUCGGGCAAGGAGGAGCCGCCGUCACCGGACUCUUCUCCCGAGGUGUCUGCUGUAAGAUGGAAAUUCUAGUUGUAUUUGCUGGACUCUGGCUGUACUCCUCCUCAGUAAAGGCAGAUUCUAAAGCAGUUACAACUUCUCUUACUACUAAGUGGUUUUCUACACCAUUAUUAUUGGAAGCAAGUGAAUUUUUAGCAGAAGACGGUCCGGAGAAAUUUUGGAAUUUUGUGGAAGCCAGUGAAAAUAUUAGAUCAUCUGAUCAUGAGGGUACUGAUUAUUCCUUUUAUCACAGUCUGCUAAAUGCAGCCAGUCAAAAUCUGUCACCGCUGCAGAAGAACUUGUUAAAAUUUUCUCUGUCUCUUCGUUCCUACUCCGCUACAAUUCAAGCCUUUCAGCAGAUAGCAGCAGAUGAACCUCCACCAGAUGGUUGUAACUCAUUCUUCUCAGUGCAUGGGGCGAAGACUUGUGAUUUUGAUACCUUAGGAGCGCUUUUAAAAUCAGCCCCUGAAAGGCCAAAGCCAAAUUUGUUCAAGGGGGAUCACAGAUAUCCAACCUCCCACCCUGAGCGCCCUGUGGUAAUAUUCUACUCAGAGAUAGGCUCAAAGGAUUUUUCCAGUUUCCAUCAUCGACUUGUGUCGAAGAGCAAUGCAGGCGAAAUCACUUAUGUACUCAGGCACUUUAUUGCCAAUCUUAGCAAAGAAAGAGUCUACCUCUCUGGAUAUGGUGUGGAAUUGGCCAUUAAAAGCACUGAAUACAAGGCCAAGGAUGAUACACAGGUGAAAGGUACCGAUGUAAAUGCUACAGUGAUAGAUGAGAAUGAUCCUAUUGAUGAAGUUCAGGGAUUCCUCUUUGGAAAACUAAGGCAGCUCCAUCCUGAUCUGAAGGACCAGUUGAAAGAGCUUAGGAAACAUCUUGUUGAGAGCACCAAUGAAAUGGCGCCUUUAAAAGUCUGGCAGUUGCAAGAUCUGAGUUUCCAAACGGCUGCUCGAAUCCUGACUGCUCCUCCGGAACUUGCCUUGGUAGUGCUGAAGGAUCUCAGUCAGAAUUUUCCUACGAAAGCCAGAGCGAUAACGAAAACAGCUGUUAAUUCCGAACUCAGGUUUGAAGUUGAAGAAAAUCAAAAGUACUUCAAAGGAACUUUAGGAUUGCAACCUGGAGACUCUGCCUUAUUCAUUAAUGGACUUCACAUUGAUUUAGAUACACAGGACAUAUUCAGUCUGUUUGAUGUGUUACGGAAUGAGGCUCGGGUUAUGGAAGGACUACACAGAUUGGGAAUAGAAGGCCUUUCUCUACACAAUGUUUUGAAAUUAAACAUCCAGCCAUCUGAUUCAGACUAUGCUGUGGACAUAAGGAGUCCUGCUAUUUCCUGGAUCAACAACCUUGAAGUUGAUAGCAGAUACAGUUCCUGGCCUAGCAGUCUCCAGGAGCUGCUUCGUCCCACCUUUCCUGGAGUGAUAAGACAAAUCAGAAAAAACUUACAUAACUUUGUUCUCCUUGUUGAUCCUGCUCAUGAGAGCACAACGGAAUUGAUUAAUGUGGCUGAGAUGUUCCUCAGUAACCAUAUACCACUGAGGAUUGGCUUGAUCUUUGUGGUCAACGACUCUGAAGAUGUUGAUGGAAUGCAGGAUGCUGGAGUUGCCAUUCUCAGAGCAUAUAACUAUGUUGCACAAGAAGUGGAUGAUUAUCAUGCCUUCCAGACUCUGAUAUCGGUAUAUAAUAAGGUUAAAACUGGAGAAAAGGUGAAAGUGGAGCAUGUGAUAAGUGUUCUCGAGAAGAAAUAUCCAUAUGUGGAAGUGAAUAGCAUUCUGGGGCUUGAUUCUGCUUACGAUCGGAAUCGGAAGGAAGGAAGAGCGUAUUAUGAACAAACAGGAGUUGGUCCUCUACCAAUUGUGCUGUUUAAUGGAAUGCCCUACCUGAAGGAGCAGUUGGAUCCCGAUGAGCUGGAAACUGUUACAAUGCAUAAAAUUUUAGAGACAACCAGCUUCUUCCAGAGAGCUGUGUACUUGGGGGAACUGUUUCAUGAUCAAGAUGUAGUGGAAUAUAUUAUGAACCAACCCAAUGUUGUUCCCAGAAUCAAUUCUAGGAUUUUGAACACUGAAAGGGAGUACUUGGAUUUAACAGCAACAAAUAACUUUUUUGUGGAUGAUUUUGGUAGAUUUACUUUCUUGGACUCCCAAGACAAGACUGCUGCAGUUGCCAAUAGCAUGAACUAUCUGACCAAAAAAGGAAUGUCCUCCAAAGAGAUCUAUGAUGAUUCUUUUAUUAGACCAGUUACUUUUUGGAUUGUUGGAGAUUUUGACAAACCUUCUGGAAGACAACUAUUGUAUGAUGCUAUCAAGCACCAGAAAUCCAGUAACAAUGUCCGAAUUAGCAUGAUUAAUAAUCCAAGUGAAGAUCCAAGUUUUGAAAGCACUCACAUCGCCAGAGCUAUCUGGGCAGCUCUACAAACGCAAACAUCCAAUUAUGCCAAGAACUUCAUCACUAAAAUGGCCAAGGAGGAGACUGCACAGGCCCUGAAAGCAGGAGCUGAUAUUACAGAAUUUGCUGUUGGAGGCAUGGAUGUCAAUCUUUUCAAAGAUGCUUAUGAAUCUCUCAAAGUGGAUUUUAUUCUGUCCCAUGCGAUGUACUGCCGAGAUGUCCUGAAGCUGAAGAAAGGGCAGAGAGCAGUGAUCAGCAAUGGCAGGAUAAUUGGACCACUGGAAGACGGUGAACUUUUUAAUCAAGAUGAUUUCCACCUACUUGAAAAUAUCAUAUUGAAGACCUCGGGGCAAAAAAUCAAAUCACAUAUUCAACAGUUGCGGGUAGAGGAAGAUGUAGCAAGUGACUUGGUAAUGAAGGUGGAUGCUCUUCUGUCUGCCCAACCUAAAGGAGAAGCAAGAAUUGAAUACCAGUUCUUUGAAGACAACUACAGUGCAAUUAAGCUGCGUCCCAAGGAAGGAGACACCUAUUUUGAUGUAGUAGCCAUUAUUGACCCCGUAACUAGAGAGGCCCAAAGACUUGCUCCGUUACUUACGGUAUUAACCCAGCUGAUAAAUAUGAAUCUGAGAGUGUUUAUGAACUGCCAAUCCAAACUUUCAGACAUGCCUUUGAAGAGCUUCUACCGUUACGUUUUAGAGCCGGAGAUUACUUUCAUGGCAGACAAUAGCUUUGCUCCUGGUCCAAUAGCGAAAUUCUUGGAUAUGCCCCAGUCUCCCCUGUUCACUCUGAACUUAAAUACUCCCGAGGGCUGGAUGGUAGAGUCUGUGAGAACACCAUACGAUCUUGAUAACAUUUAUUUAGAGGAGGUGGAUAACAUAAUUGCUGCAGAGUAUGAGCUUGAAUACCUAUUAUUAGAAGGUCAUUGCUAUGAUAUCACAACUGGACAGCCUCCUCGAGGCCUCCAGUUUACAUUGGGAACUUCAGCAAAUCCAGUCACCGUGGAUACCAUUGUCAUGGCCAACCUAGGUUACUUUCAGUUAAAAGCCAACCCAGGAGCGUGGGUUCUCAGACUCAGGAAGGGCCGAUCGGAGGACAUUUACAGAAUAUACAGCCACGAUGGCACAGAUUCUCCACCUGACGCCGAUGAAGUCGUCGUCGUUCUCAACAACUUCAAGAGCAAAAUUAUUAAAGUGAAGGUUCAGAAGAAAGCGGACAUGAUGAAUGAAGAUCUUUUAAGUGAUGGAAAUCCUGAGAAUGAGUCUGGAUUUUGGGAAUCUCUCAAAUGGGGGUUUACAGGCGGGCAAAAGACGGAAGAAGUCAAACCGGACCGAGAUGAUGUGAUUAAUAUUUUCUCCGUCGCGUCGGGUCACCUCUAUGAAAGAUUUCUCCGCAUAAUGAUGUUAUCCGUACUGAAAAACACCAAGACUCCUGUGAAAUUCUGGUUCCUGAAGAACUACUUGUCACCCACAUUCAAGGAGUUCAUCCCAUACAUGGCAAAGAAAUACAAUUUCCAAUAUGAGCUCGUUCAGUAUAAAUGGCCCCGGUGGCUUCACCAGCAGACAGAAAAGCAACGCAUCAUUUGGGGUUACAAAAUUCUCUUUUUGGAUGUACUUUUCCCACUAGUUGUUGAUAAGUUCCUUUUUGUGGAUGCUGAUCAGAUUGUAAGGACGGACCUAAAAGAGCUCAGAGAUUUCAACUUGGAUGGGGCUCCUUAUGGCUACACUCCGUUUUGUGAUAGUCGCAGAGAAAUGGAUGGCUAUCGGUUCUGGAAGUCAGGAUAUUGGGCCAGUCACUUGGCUGGAAGAAAAUACCACAUCAGCGCACUCUACGUGGUGGAUCUGAAGAAAUUUAGGAAGAUAGCUGCUGGAGACAGGCUCAGAGGGCAGUACCAAGGUUUGAGUCAGGACCCUAACAGCCUUUCCAAUCUCGAUCAGGAUUUACCCAACAACAUGAUUCAUCAGGUGCCAAUUAAAUCCCUCCCACAAGAAUGGCUUUGGUGUGAAACGUGGUGCGAUGAUUCUUCUAAGAAGAGAGCAAAAACAAUUGAUCUGUGUAAUAACCCAAUGACCAAAGAGCCCAAGCUGCAGGCAGCUGUGCGGAUUGUUCCGGAAUGGCAGGACUACGAUCAAGAAAUCAAACAGUUACAGAGUCUUUUCCAGGAGGAGAAAGAAACAGGAACCGUUCAUUCAGACAGAGAGGUGAAGAAGCCCAACAGAGAAGGUUUGGAAACGCAUGUAGAAUUAUGAUCCAUGGAGGAAGAAAUGAAGUUAGACUAUUUGAAAGACAAUUUUUCUAUUAAAUGCUAGUUUUUUCUGGUAUGUCUGCACAACUGCUGAACAGUUGAAUGGGAGGACACUGUUUGCCUUUUCGAGACUUGCAUUUGGAGUUGAUUCAUGCACAGAAAUUAGGACCUGGAUCAUGUGGGAAAAACACAAUGGUCUUGCACCCAUAAGGAAGAUGAAAUAGCCAGUAAUGGAGUUCUGAGGACUGAGACUUCAGGGGAGGCGGCACAAUGCAGUUCCAUAGCCAAACAGGCCUGUGGCAGUCAUUAGAAGAACGGGCAUUCUGUCGGACCCAGAUCACCUCAGUCAAGAGCGCUCUCGUGACACGUGUAUACACGACACAGGACAUCCAAAGCUCGAGACUUACCUCAAUUAUUGUUUGGUAGUGGAGCCAAGUUCUGCAGACUACAACCCAGAACCUUGCCAUAAACUGGUUCAGUUUUGUAAAAUCUAUUUUCACAUGGCCCGGUGUUCUCUGAGUUCUACUGAAAUGGGUGUCCCUCAUCUAGAGUCACUGUAAAAUCAAGGCAUAGUUAAUUGAUCAUUUGUUUCCUCAGGGCUGGCUCAGUUCAAAGGCUCAAUUGAAAACUACCCAAAGAAGUUAGGAGGAAAUGCACGCCCCCACAGUCAUUUUUACCUUUGAACCGAAAUAAAACAUUGUUGACUUUCCAUCCCCAAACCUGCAUGCUUUUUGGUUCCUGAGUUCCUCAGUGGUCUUCAUAGAGUGAUCUGAUUUUCUGUUUUCCAUUAUGAAAAUAACAUGACUGGUUUUAAGUAGGGAAGAAAUAUGAAUCACCACAAUAAAAAAAAAAAAAGACAUAGGGUGCUUAGGGGAGGACUUCUAGAGAUCAACUAAUAGGUUUCCCAACUUUUUUGGGGUUGAUAACUCUACUACCCAUUCUGGGUGCUCCCAUCUUUGAUUUCAGCGAGCUUGAGAGAACACCCCGUUACGUGUGGUGAAAUGAAGCUUGAUGGCAGAGUUCAAUACUAGGGCAGACACAAAAGUUUUCCAUAAUGCACACUGGUUGGGAAACACUGAUUUAGUUCAACUUUCUUCUCUGCCUUGUUCUGGAAACCUUAUGCAAUGUCAAAAUUCUAAACCCCAAUAAUGUGAGUUUUCUCUUGCGACCUCUACUUCUUUGCCCAUUUUCUGAGGUCACAUGAAAUUUAUUGGAACUUGUUUUGCAGAUGUUACUCAGAAGGAUGCAACUAAACCCUUGGAUGUUAAUGAUGGUAUCUUUAAAUGAAGUAGUAUCUUUUAUGUCUUAAUCUUAAGGCUACAACUAAUCUUGUUUUUCUUGCCAAGAUUGGAGUUUUAAAAUUAGCCAUCUUUGGUAAAGAAAGCUUGUGAUUUGCAGGUAUUUUGGCAGUAUAAACUUAAUUUGUCCUUUGGACAGAUCUUAACUUCUGAGUGGGUUGUUCAAAUGGCUAUUCCUUUCUUUCUACCAAUCCUGAUUGGUUGAAUGCCCAUGACAUGAAGUAUUUUGAAGUUGAGGGUAGGAGAGUAAGAGUGCAUCCACAGGCACAAAAUUUCUCUUUUUAAAUAUGUUAGGUAGAAUAUAGAAAAGUUUAAUUGUUCUGCCUUUCCAACCAGUUUGAUUUUUAGGUCUACAGUCACGAGCAGUCAAAACCAAAUAACCACUAAAGGCAUGUUUUGGAUAUUAGUGAGGUAGUAUAUUUUUUUCAUUGUCAAAGUCAAGAUGGACUCAUAACUUUCCCAUUCAACCCUCUAUCGAUCCCCAAAGUAGCACCAUGGAUUACAUGGUUUUUACAGUGACUGAAGACUCAUUUUUGGAAUUUGGGGGUUUUUGUUUUUAAUGGGUUUUGGGUUUUUUUUGGAAAAAAUUGAAUAAGCUUGACUUUAGGGAAAGCACUUCAGUAAGAUUAGUAUUUGAAGGAAAUUAUUUCCCCUUUUCUCAUAGGAAAUUAUAAGUAGUGGAUAAAGGGCGAGAGGGUGAAUGGAAUCUAAUCAGGUAACAAGUGUAAAGAAACAUAUUGUGCAAGUAUUGCUUGAGUUUGUUUUCAGGAUCAGGAGUUAUGGAUUUUCAGCAGGUUUUUGAAAACAUCCUUGUAAUAUUUGAAUAUUUGAAUACAGGCCCACGGACAUAUUCUGUUUGUUGAAGGUAGAGGGAGUUGUCAUUUAAAUGGAUAUUUUGCCUUGACUUUUUUGAGUUCCUUCCUUCCUUUCCUACAGUGGAUUUUUUUUUCCAUACAAUAAUGGAACAAUGUGAAUCCAUAACUAUCCUAUGCACUAUGAAAGUUGUUUUUCUUUGUCUAGGAUUCCGAUUAGAUAAAGCCUAUAUUUGUAAAAACAAAGGCGUAUACCAGGUAUCCCAGGACCAGGUUACCCAAAACCAUGAUGGUGUUUCAUAAAACAUAGUGAACAGCAUCUUUCAGUAACCAACAAUGUCAGCCGAUCAGUGAUAUUUGUCUGUACAGAACACUGUACUAAGUGCUUAUUCUCAGUGCAUUUAUUCUUAAUAUGGGAAUUUGAAGACCAUGAGUGCUAAAACCAGACUAUCUGUAAAAAAGGACCUAGGAAGGGUUUGUCACAGAGUCAAUUAGGUUUUUGUCAAGAAAGCUAGCCAAGCUAGCUGUUGAGCCAAAAGAGGGUGUGUGGCAUUGAAUGGACUGAAAUGCACAAUUUAUUUCUGUGGGUCACUAUCUUUAAUGCACUGAGGGCAUGAUUUCUAUAUGCCAUGACAUUGAAAUUCAGGUCCUUUGUGGGAUACACCAUGUAUACGUGGCUCCUCAGAAUUAAAACAUGCAGAGCAAUUAGAAAAGCCCAGUGCAUUUGGUUUAAGUGAGCAUCAAUUGCUAAGCGUGUUGGCUAAAGCCAUCCUGUCACAUCCUUCGUCCUGAAGAAAGUAGGGCAUUAUUUUGAGGGAGAGGGCCGCAGCUCAAGGCUGUAGUCAUAUUUAAACACCUUUGUAACUGGAUUACAAUCUUUUUAUUUAAAGAUUUAGAUUUAAUGGGUUUAAUAUAAAGGAAAUCUGGAAUGCUAUUUGUAAAUAGUUUAAUUGAUAAAAGCAUCCAAAGCCAUCAGUGGAGUUUCCAUUUCUCUAUUUGGACAAUGGGGAUAUUUUUAUUCAAAUUUGAAGGGAGGCUUCAAUCAGAAAUGGUGUCUGCUAAUAUCUGGAAGGAGUAUAAGUUGACUAUGUUCUAAAUAAAUCAUUUGAAUGAUUAAAGGUGACAUGUUUUAGUGCAUACCCUUUAAUGGUAUAUUCUUUGUACCUGAUCGAUACAAGAAAAUGCUCAGACCUGACCUCUGCUUCUUAGUGGUAAAGGCUAUAGAAUUCCGCGAAACUAGAGAGAAAGACGACUUGCAGAAUGUCAAGUGUUCCGAAUACGGAUUUACUUUGUUUUCUGAAAAAUUCGAUUCAAAGAACCUGUCACGAUGGGGCACAUUCCAUUUUGUUAAUGUGGAGGCGGUAUUGGGAGUGAUUUCUGCUGUGUCUGAUUCCUCUCUUGGCUGUACCUACCAUCUUUAGCAGUGUAGAGGCAGAGGGUGGGAAUCUUUGUUGUUGCCAGAAUGCAUAGUUUUAGUCUCACCAAUUUUCCCAUCCCUCUUCUGUCAUUCACAUUGGUACUCUAGAAUGCUACUUUAAAGAGUUUAAAAAGUUUGAAAUGGUAAAAUCAGAUGUAAUUUAAUUGCUGCCAAGCUCCCUGUCAUUUGAAUUGGCAGGAAAAAAAAGGGCAAUUUCUUCUCAGUUAGGAUAUCAAGCAGUGAAACGAACUGGAUGUUGACAAUCUUGAAAGUUGGUGGGGAGGCAGACAAUAAAUCACUGGGUGGCUUUGCUUUCAGCUACUUGAAUCUGUGGUCAUUUAACAAAGAGAAGAAGCAGGUUUAAAGAAAUGAUGUACUUUUUAAAUACUUUAUAAAUAUUCUAUUUUAUUGUAAUGCCGGUCAUUGUACUUCAGACUGCAGGUUCAAACACUUGCUUAUGUACGAGCAUUCGGAUUUUAAGUGUCUGCAAACCACUGCAACCAAACUGAAUUUAGAACAAGUUUCUGAGGACUGUAAUGGAAAUGAGAUCUGCCCAACACAAUAAAUUUUUUCCUUCCUUCUAUCAAA